AUGCCACAAUUGAACGAAAUCACGGCACCCUACUUCUCCCUGAUCGAAAGUUAUCGUCAGAUCCUGCUCGGAGUUCCGGACGCUUUCACAGAUAUCAAAGAACAGAAGAUGACCUGGGGAGGGCUCCGCUAUGAUACUGUGGUCAUCAUUAUGAUGGGGUGGUCACGACCUGGAAAAUGGAACGUACAGAAGGACAGCUACCAGCUCAAUGCUUGA